AUGUCAACAGACUCGGGGUCCUCGGAAAGCGACAUCAUCAGUAUCACAAGCACGAAUGUGUCACCCUCUUCGGUACGUGGAAUAUUAUUUGCGGUUUUUGGUGGGGAUAAAUAAACUGGAAAAAUUAAUUAGGCAUAAAAGAUGAUGGAAAAUUUGAUGUGUUUAUAUAAAAACAAAACACGUUAGCAUUUUAACUGAAAAUUUAUUUGAAAUUUAAAAAUUUUUACAGUUUAUUAUUUUUUGUUUUUGCUUAAAAAAUUAAAAAACAUAUGCUACUUUACCCAAGCCUUCAAUAACUUCUUUCAGAAUCACAAUGGGAAGCGUGCCGAAGACGAUGAAGCCAUUUUUUCGAUUAGCGACAAAAACACAACGGUCAAGGAGUACACAAAGCUGUUGGUGGAGAAGAACAAAAGAAUCGAAGAGCUGGAGAAAGACAAUAAACGUUUGCAAACGGCAAUGACUAGCACGAUCACCGACUACGAGGCGCGGAUUGGGGAAUUGUUGAGCGAGCUGGAUCGCUAUCACCAACUCAACACGUCACUUCAGGCCAAACAAACAUGUUCAUGUCAGAAGAGCGAAAAUAUAAUGCAGAAGAAAAAGAAAACAGCCAGCAAGUGAGUCAAUUUUGGAAUUUUUACUUCAUAUAUUAUGCCUUUUAUGUCAGGGCAAACCGUAUAUCUUACACAUAUGUAUCAAGGUAAAAAAAUAUUUUUUUUUAAUAUAAAAAUGAGUCAUAAAUAUUUUUGUUACAAAAUAUAUAUGCAUUAACUUUUUGUAAAAUUUGUUACCUAAAAUAUUAUAAAACCAACCACGAACUUACAUUAUCAAAAUUUCAGGAAAAAAACCAAAAAUUCCAAUCCGAAUAUCAUGGCUGACCUUCUGCAUCUGUGCAACAAUUCCGACAUGGCCCCAUCGUCAGCCGACGAUAUUUUGUCCGCUUUGAAUAACUUUGUUAAAGAGAACAACACUGACAAACCUAAACCUCCAAACACUGACGAUACUGCAUGGAACGCCCUUUUAACUGACCCAAAUGGUAAGAAACAUUUAAAGGACUGUUAUUGCCGGUUUGGCCGAUCUUUUAGUAUCGAAAGUACUACAUAGAAAAUAAAGCAAAAAUAAAUGGCAUGGUUUGUUUUCGGGUUGAGACUCAAGUCGUAAAAUCAGAGAAAAACAUAUUUUUGGGGUUUUUAGCUAGCCGAGCUAAAGCAUACUAAUUUUUCAUUCAUAUAUUGAUCUAGUAAUUUUAGCGAGCGACUUCAUUGACUUUUUGGCCAAAUUCAAUCCAGACGCAUCGAAAUCUGAGUCUCCGGCCGUCGAUUUCAACGAUCUUUCUCAAUUUUCGGCAUGGAAAGAACGCGAACUCACACCUCAAGUUGUGGAAGAAGAUCCAAUGGCGGUUAACACUCAAGAACUGUUGAAUCUUUUGAUCAACAACGGUGACGCUGGCUCUUCCGACAUCAAGAUCGAAUUCUGGGACAAUAACACUAAGCCAACUCCGACCGCAUCGACCUCAACUCCAAGCGGCCCCAAACCACUGACUGAGGAAGAGCAAAAGAUAGUGAAGAAGCUGCAAGAUCGAAUAGCAUUAAGUUGUUCACGAUUAGGUAAUCACGCGCUGAAUACCGUUGAGAUUGCCAAAGAAUGUAAGAGGAUCAUGAUCGCUUAUAAUAUUGGUCAACGACUCUUCGCACGAUUUGUUAUGAAUCAAGUCGUCAAAUCUCAAGGAUCGUUGUCGGAAUUGUUGUCUAAACCGAGGCCGUGGAAUCGGUUAACCGACAAGGGACGAGAAGCCUUCAGAAGGAUAUUCGGAUGGUUAACUGACGAUGAAGCCAUUGAACUUGUUCACAGUUUAUCGCCCAGAAAAACUACUACAAAAUUGGAGAAAGUUGAUCAUCCAUCAGCUGAAUCUUUGAUUGAAACUUACGGUAAAACUCUGAGCCCCUUGCCUGAAGUUUGCGACAGUCGGUUGGGUGAAUUCGAAGCUCCUGACAAUAGUUCAGGUGAAUAUGAUGGCCAUAGCAGUCGAUUGGCUAAAUAUGAAAGCUCUGGCAAUCAUAUAGUCAAUUACGAAAUGCCUGAUAGCCGGAUGGUUGAAUUUGAAAUCGAAAAACCGGAAGGAAUGAAGUCGCCUGAAAUCAAGACAAGAUACGUUGGAUCGUCAUCAUCAUCUACAAAAUCGACAAACCGAUGGAAGCACGACGACAUUCCGACUGAAAAGAUUAUCAACAUUUUGGAAGCUGAGAGGGCAAAAGUUGCUGAUAAAUCACCAAAAAAGUUGACAUCUCCGAUAUUUAAAUCUAAGAAACCUUCUCCACUUUCUGAAUCUGAUCUACUCAAAAACGCCUUAAGAACGGAACAGUUGUUUUUAAGUCAAGAACAUUUUGAAAAGUACACUUAUUUGAAUACGGAAGAUUUGGUAAAGGAAGUUAAGGAAUAUCUAAACAAUCACGGUAUUAGCCAGCGACAAUUUGGAGAAAAAGUACUACUGUUAUCUCAAGGAUCAGUAUCAGACCUUCUUGCUAGACCUAAGCCUUGGAAUAAUAUAACACAGAAAGGAAAAGAACCUUUUAUCAGAAUGAGGGUAUUCUUGGACGAAGCCGAACGAUAUCACGAUAAGAAAGAUUCUCAAUAUUCACAGCUUUUCGAAGAUCUACACGCUACGGCCGGGUCUUUUCUUGAAUCGUGUAGUAGCGUGAAGUCCGAUGAUGAUAUUCAAAUCAUUGAAACGAAUCCGGCUGAAGUAAAGUCGAAUAUAAAGGAUAAACUAAAGACCGAGUGUAUUUCGACCGAUGUGUUUGUCAAAAAUUAUUUGCCAGAAAAAUGUGGAGAAGUUGAAAGAUUCAUGACAAUCAAGGACUAUAACGUAGAUGUGAACGUGUUGAACAACUUGAGUGGCUUUUUAAAUGACACGGAUGGUGUGGAGCGGUUAAAGACGGCACAAUUGGAUAUUGUUCAUAAGGGAAUGAAAUCAGAGACGGAAUUGAGGAGUCAGAAGAGAAAAACGAGCCAAGAAAACGGAGAUAGUGUAGAGGAGACGCCAGCCAAGAAACAACCGGUAAGGAUUUUGUUUUUUUGUUAGGUUUAUUUUAAAUGUUUUUAAAAUACGUUUUUUUUCGCUUUUAUAAAUUUUUAGGUAUUAAAUUUUAAAUUUAAAAGUAUAUUUACAUGUAAUAAUAAUUUCAGCGUUUCCAACGAACGAUAAUAACUGAGCGGCAAAAAGAAGCCUUACUGUACGUUUACGAGAAAAAUGCCAGGCCAAAUCCGACUAUUAUUAGUGGAUUGAGUCGAAUUUUGGGGCUUCCAUCGAAAACAAUCACCAACUGGUUUCACAACCACCGUACUAGAAACCGUUCAAAGGUUACUGAUGCAGCUUUUAUCGAGUCGAUAAACAAUGGCACUAUUGCUGACUUGGAGUUGUUGGCUUACUGUAACGUAUGUUUUUUUUAAUUACGUGGAUUCAAAAUUGAAGGGUGAGGUGGGGGAUAUGUGAAAAAGGAUGGGACUAAACAGGCACGCUGCUACGGAGGGAGGGGGUUGGGGGAGAUAAAAAUUUUUUAAAAAAUUUUUUGCUGCCCUAAUGUUUAUAAAAAAAUUAUUUUUUAAGGAAAUCAAUGACAUGCUGAAGGGAUCAGCCUCAGUAGAGGACGAUGAGUCCGGUGACAGUGGAAGUAAGACGGCUGGAGUUUUGGACAAAGCUAUAGCACGUAUACAUCAACUGGCGCAAGCACGAGGAUCUACACAAUUAUGUGUAUAG